GUAUGCCUUGUGAGCUCUCUCGACAUUUAUUUUUUGAGGCAUUUUGAUUGAUAGGUCGUUGCUAGGUGAGUUUAUUACUUUUAAACAUUUUAUUUGGCUUAUUCGUCAGAAUUUCGGUUCAUUUUACUGAAUGGGACUACAUUUUUAUGCACAUAAGUUGUCCAAAAGAAUGGGCCAGUUCAAGUUCUCAUAAAAAUUGUUUUUAUUUUGUUGCAGUUUUUAAGAUUUCAUCAAAACGUGAUCAAUUUCCUUCAUCCAGUAUUCUGAGGGCUGUUCACGGGCCCUGUGUGCAGUCGGACCGCACACAGCCUCGAAUCUCCGCCCACUUCGUCCCCACGUCAGCCUUCCGUCACCGCACACAGCGAUUGCUGUGGCCGGUCGGGACUGGCCACAGCGGACCGUCCACCGCACGCAGCCGCGACGUCAGAACCGCCUACCCAUCCCCUACCCCCACGCCUGCUGGACGCACCGCACACACCGCAAGCAGCAGUGUGCGGUGCCCGUGGACACCCCUCGGAUUGGAAAGUUGAAGAUUCCCUGGUAUCUUAAUUGUAUCAAUCUGCUUAUUCUACUCUGAACCAUGACAUCAGCACUGCACCUGAUGCAUGGUCGCCUGCGCACAAACAUCUUCAGAGAUGAGGCCCGACAGAAAUUUGUCACCCUUCUGGACAAAACCGUUGGCACUAAGGCGAUCGUCUGGGAUGAGCGGCUGACGGGCCCGUUCGGCCUGGUGGCCGAGUACUCGUUUCUGCGCGAACACGACGUGGCCAAGAUGUUCCCGCUGCGCGCGGGCCGGCUGCCGCCCAGUGACGUGGACACUGUGGUGUUUCUGGUACGCCCAGAGGUCGGCCUCAUGGAACUGGUCGCCGAGAACGUGCAAAAGGAGGAGGAGCAGGGCGGCCGGCGCAAGGAGUUUGUGCUCUGCUUCAUGCCGACCGGCAGCGGCGCGUGCGAGCGGGUGCUGGAGGAGCGCCGGGUGCGCGGCACCUUCAGUCAAAUCACCAGUCUGGAGGUGCGCCUGCUGCCGCUCGACGCCGACCUCCUCUCCAUGGAGUACCCGCUCGGAUUCAAGGAGUACGCCCUGGAGAACGACCCGAGCUGUUUGUUUGAGGCGGCCCAGGCGCUGCUGGAGAUACAGCUCAAAUUCGGCAUUAUCCCCUCCAUCUGCGGCAAAGGAAACGCCGCUAAAAAGGUGUACGAUUACCUGUUGAACCUGCGCCGGGAGCACCAGGACUCGGAGUUUCCGACCGUCUGCGAGAUUGACACGCUGCUGCUGAUUGACCGCGAGGUGGACCUGAUUACACCGGUGGCCACCCAGCUCACCUACGAGGGACUCAUCGACGAGGUGUUCGGCAUCCACAACAAUACGGUGAAGCUGCCCUCGGAGAAGUUCGUCAAGCAGGACGGCGGGCCCAUCGAGAUGACGAACGAUCGCAAACAAUUCCUUCUGAGCUCAGCAGAGGAGUUGUAUGCCGACAUCAGGGAUAAGAACUUCAACGCGGUUGGUCCGGCCCUCAGCAGGAAGGCGAAGCAGAUCUCCGCCCAGUACGAGGAGCGACAUUCUCAGUCGGUUAGCGAGAUGAAAAACUUUGUCAAGAACGUGCUGCCGACCAUCAAAGCCGCCAAGGAGUCACUCGGACUGCACACGUCGAUCGCCGAGCUGAUCAAGGAGCGCACCGACAGCGAGUCAUUCCUGGAGGCGCUGCAGACCGAGCAGGAGAUGAUGAACGCCAUCGACACAGACCGGGCGCACCCGCACAUCGAGCAGCUCAUCGCCAAAAAGGCCGACCUCACCCGGGUCCUACGGUUGAUCUGUCUGCAAUCCGCCUGCAACUCUGGCCUGAAGCCGCGCCUGAUGGACCAAUACCGACGCGACCUGCUCCAGACCUACGGCUUCCAGCACGCGCUGACCCUGAACAACCUGGAGCGGGCGAGUCUGCUGCGCACACAGGGACGCACCACCUACAGCGCUCUGCGGCGGCAGCUGAAACUUACCGUGGAUGAUGUGAACGAACAGGCGCCCACCGAUAUAUCCUACACGUUCAGCGGAUACGCGCCGCUGUCUGUGCGGCUGGCGCAGCUGCUGGCGCGGCCCGGCUGGCGCUCAGUGUCCGAGGCCCUGGCGCUGCUGCCCGGCCCGACCCUGAUGGAGGAGCAGCCGGCGCCGGCGGCCGCGCGCAACCGGCGCGACACCGGCCCGCUGGGACUGAGCGCCGACGACGCCCGACUCACUCUGGUCGUGUUCCUCGGCGGAGCGACGUUCGCGGAGGUAGCCGCGCUGCGCUUCCUCUCCAGCCAGGAGGACGCACCAACCGAGUACGUCAUAGCGACCACCAAGAUGAUCAACGGCAACUCCCUGAUCAGUUCGCUGUCAGAGGAGCUGGUACCGGUGGGCGGCGCGUAGGCAGGCGGAUAGGCAGCGCGUAGGCGGUCGGACGGGACAGGUGGCGCCUGAACGGUGAGGGACAUACGGCAACCGGCGCCCAGCGUAGCGGUCUAGCGGCAAAGGCUGUGCUCAUCACUUUUCAUGCGUGCCGAAGCUUGCCGAUGGCGAGUCGCUGUUUGCCGGACUGUCACCGCGGCUACCCGGGCCAGGCUUUUGGUCUCGACUGAGUCUUGACUGAGAGGUCACAAUUUUCUUGACCAAAGCGUCACCUGGAGACAAGAGUGCCGCGUCCGGUAGGCUCCUCUCGCCUUCGGUGAGCUCUUGCCUCGCCUCGCUCCGUUGCGCUGGCCGCCGCUGAAAGACAUUCCCAAUCACUGGCUAUUGUAACUCCAUUGCCGUCGGUCGGUGGGAUGGAAAAUGAAUAUCUAUGAAAACUCGCUUACCCAGCUACUGGUACUGUGCACCGGCAGGCUGGGAUGUCAGGUAUUGUGUGUGAACUAUGGUUUACUUUAUCCGAAACGGAAAUAUAUCUGCAUUGUUAUUUUUCUAGCCCUUGUGUUCCCGCUAUAUGGUAUUAUGAGGAUGUCCACGCUUCUAUGUAGUGUAAGUCAUCAAACGCUGCCACGUGUUGAAUUGUAUCUACAAGAGCGGAGCGAUUAUCCGCAGGAUUGCCAUUGAACGUAUAUUGCAGUGCAUGCUAUUGUGUCGUCGCCGCCGGGUACGUAUGAGUGCAUAUCGCUAUAUACAUGCAUACCUAUAUGAACA